AUGACCCACCUAAUUGUUGAAGAUGAUGAUCUUGGUCUUAAUGUCCUCCAUGAAGCCCCUGCGGGUUCUAGUGGCUGUUGGGAGACGGAGAGUACAGAUGAGUCCCCCAGCCUAAUCCCCGUGGAUAUUGUGGCUAUUCAUGGAGUUGGAGCCCACCCACUUCACACCUGGUCUUACUGGGACCCGGUCAAAAAGUCCGUGUUGAAUUGGCUCUGGGAUGAACACAUGUUACACAGUGACCUACCCCAGGCGCGCAUCAUGAUUUUUGGCUACCGGUCCGAGUGGAAGGGACGGCGACCAUCUGAUGUAUCCUCCACGGAAAUUGCAAAACGGUUCUUGCAGGCUUUAGCACGAGCUCGAAAGGUGCCAGUUACCUAA